AUGGAUAAAACUGCCUAUAUUCAAGAGGCUAUACGACAACUUAGCGAUGCAAGGUUCUACCAAAAACUAGACUCUGAUCCUACUACAUCUUUUAACAGAGAUAUUACUAAUAGUUUGGUAGAAAUGCAUGACGAUGGUUUCAUCGAUGACAAAACUCUUGAAUAUUUGAAACCAGAAAACCCAAAACCGGGCAGAUUUUAUCUAUUACCUAAAAUUCAUAAGGCCAAUAACCCAGGAAGACCUAUAGUUUCAGCGAACGGUCAUCCGACGGAAAAAAUAUCGGAAUUUGUUGACUUCCAUCUUCGUCAACAUGUUGAAGACUUACCAUCUCACAUCAAAGGUACAACCGAUUAUCUUAGAAAAAUGCAGGCCUUAAACCCACUCCCCUCCGACACGACUCUUGUUUCCAUGGAUGUUACCUCCCUCUACACGAAUAUUUCAUAUGCAGAUGGCAUCGAUGCAUGCAAAGAAGUUUGGAAUUCCAGACCAGUGAAAUAUCCACCUACUGAAUGCCUGGUCAAAACGCUCACGCUGGUACUUAAGAAAAACAACUUCACUUUUGAUGGAGAUCAUUAUUUGCAAGUAAAUGGAACUGCCAUGGGCACCAAAAUGGCUCCGUCAUAUGCCAACAUAUUUAUGGGCAAAUUAGAGAAACAACUCCUUGAAACUUCCAUCGAAAAACCGCUUUCCUGGUUUAGAUUUAUAGAUGAUGUGGAUAUGAAAUGGAAUAAAAGCGACGAGGAUUUAGACACUUUUAUCACUCAUGCCAACAACAUACAUCCAAGUAUCAAAUUUACUCAUGAGAAGUCUAAAUCCAAAAUCGCCUUCCGCGAUACUUCAAGUUCGCUCACAGAGGGCAUCAUAUCUACAGAUUUAUAUUCUAAGCCUACUGACACUCAUCAAUAUUUGUCCCCUAAAAGUUGCCAUCCUGCUCAUCUUACCUAG